GCUUCGAGACCACGUACAAGACGUGGUCUGCUGCCAAAAGGGAAUACUGCUGUGCUCAUUUCCAAAUGGGAUGUAAAGUGAUGAACUUCAACUGCGCAGUUGACUUGUCUGACUGGCAAGACAAGUGGAGCGAGAAGAAGAAGUCCUGGUGCUGCAAGACGCAGGGCAAG